AUGGAGGCCUAUGUGGAUGAUCUGGUAAUCCAAAGCAAGACUAAAGGGGGGAUGCUAAAUGAUAUACAAGAAACCUUUCGGAACCUAAGAAAAAUAAACAUGAAGCUUAAUCCCAGCAAGUGUUCUUUCGGGUUCGAGGAAGGAAAAUUCUUGGGACACAUUGUUGGAAAGCAAAACAUAAAGGCCAACCCUAACACGGUUAAAGCCAUCUUAGAGACAAAGUAUCCUCAGAGCAAGAAAGAUGUUGAAAGAUUGAGAGGCAAACUUGCCGCUCUGAAGCGUUUUACGUCCAAGCUAGCAGAGAGGUCUCUACCCUUCUUCAAAACCCUCCAAGGGUGCACGAACAAGAAACACUUUCGUUGCACAGAAGAGGCCGAAGAAGCUUUCAACCAGAUGAAACGACACCUAGCUCCGUUACCAGACAUUGUUGCCCCCACAAUGGGAGAAUUGAUCUCUGUUUACUUAAGGCUUUGGAGGUACUUCCAAGCACACCCAAUACAGGUGGUCACAGACCAACCAAUUAAAAGUGUGCUUGAAAGACCAGAGACCUCCGGAAGAUUAGCCAAAUGGUCCAUAGAACUGGGUGAGCAUAAAAUCACUUAUGUUCCAAGAAAAGCUGUAAAAGCCCAAGUCUUGGCAGAUUUCAUCGUAGAAAUUCCAAAUAAAAAAACAACGGAGGUUAAUACUACUACAACUGAACAAUCUGACCCCGAAGCCUGGAAGCUUUUUACCGAUGGAGCUUCCAGCCUUGAAGGGUUAGGAGCCGGUUUCGUAUUAAUCAACCCAGAAAGCUUAGAGUUCACAUACGCUCUACGGUUUGAAUUUCAGGCAACCAACAAUAAAGCUGAAUACGAAGCUCUCAUUGCUGGACUAAAGCUUGCCAAAAAGAUGGAAGUUCAAAAACUUCAAAUCUUUACAGAUUCUUUGCUUGUCUCGAAUCAGGUCAAUGACAACUAUGUGGCUAAGGAACCAAGCAUGAAGAAGUACAGGGAAAAAGCAAAGGAACUUAUGGGCACAUUCCAAUCGUGUACCAUCAAGCAAAUACCAAGGUCCCAAAACAAAAAAAAAUGA